CCAAUAUGUGAUCCAGGGCUAAAACUGUUGGAAAGACCAUUUGUGUUUGUGUUUGAAGUUUUUGAAACAGGCGUUGAUCUGGACGCUGUCGCCGAUUUUUUCUCUGUGGCUGUGGGAUUAGUAUCUGAUCCCGAUGGUGUAGAGAAUGUCAUCAAUAUCGUGCUGGAUGCUGUUUUCGCCGCCGAGGUAGUCGGAGUUUCUGUAGUACUUGAUAAUGUAGACGAUGACGUGGCGGACUCUGAUGACGUAGAUGCUGUUGUAGCAAAUGUAGUUGCUUUGGUGCAGAUGAUGACGUAGUGGAUUCUGCAGUUGAUGACGUGACUGCUGUUUUUGGCAACUGUCGUUGUUUCUGUGGUAGUUGGUAGUGUAGAUGACGACGUAGUAGAUUAUGUACUUGAUGACGUAGGCACUGACGUAGUUGAUGUAGGUGCAUCUGUGAUACUUGGUGGUGAAGAUGAUGACGUGGUUGCCUUCGUAAGCACUGUUGUAGUGUAUGACGUAGACGGUGGUGUUGUUUCUGCUGUGGAAGUUGGUGGCGUGGUUGAUGCUACAGUUGAUGACAAUGUAGAACUCUUUAUGUUUCCUAUUUUCCAGUCAUCUGUCAAUUCCCAGCGUGAAAAAC